AGUCAAUUGAGAAACUGAGGAUCUUCCGGGCUGGAAAAUCUUUCGGUUACAACCUCGUGAUCUAUCCACCGGACCUCAGGACGCACAUACGGACUGCGAAUGGCGAACGUCGAUUGCGAAAAACCAUCUGUUAUCGGGCGCCCCCCUCCCGAAAAAAUUAGAUGAACCAGUGAAUAAAGUGGUCGAGCCUGUAAAAUUAAAGGCCAAUAAAGGAGAAAAAGGCCGAAAAAGAAAGAAGAAAAAUACGAGUAAAAAGGAGCGAAGCAAGAGCGAUGAAGAGAGGUAGAAUCGUAGAGGUAAGAUCGUAGAGGCUGUGGGGCCCGCGGUCCCAAAGGUAGGAAGCCCCCGAGAAGCGGUCGCAGUCCAUCGCGGUACCUCAUCUCGUCCAAACCCAACUUUGUGCCCGAGCGCUUUUCAAAUCCGCCUCCUUCUACACUCAUUCAAAUCGCCUGUGUACAGAGCACCAGUUGACCCUCAUUGAAAUCACCUGUGAUCUCCGAGGACAGAGCGCAGCCCGAUGUGAAAUCGCCUCCAACACUUCAUUUCAUCGAUUACAAUCGGGAAAAAAAUCAAAAAAAAAACACAAUAUUCAAUGGGCUGAAUUGUCUAUUGGAUUGUCGGUUUGUAAGUGGAUUGAUGUGAUGGAAAUUGGUGGAGUGGUGGUCGGCUGACUGGAACGUGGAGGGAUACGCGAGCCUUCGGGGAGCAAACACCAGUCAUUCAGUUCACACCCUUCAAUAGCAUCAAACCUUCAGUUCAAUUGAAAAAAUCAACAUUUAUUGGGAUUUUUACAACAGGCCUCCUCAAAGUGAAUAGUAAUUAGUGCAUCGUGGUGUUAAUCCUGAGGGCAAUCUGACUGGAUACGGUACAUCGAGACAAAUAUAUCGAAAUUUUAAUGUGUUUACUUGUGCACCAGGUCGAUUAUGGAGAGAGAAAAAAUUAGUGAGCGGUAUAAUUUCGAUAACCAGAGCACUCUCGUUAUCACGUCAAUUAGUAACCACUAUCCUCUAAUUAUCCGCUCCAGAUGACUCGGAUCCCAUCGGCGGGUUUUUCAAUCAUUAGGAUUAUCGGUUACUGCCAACUUUCCACGUAUCCUGUGGUUUCACUUUUAUUUAGCAGUUGAAGCCGAGUUUUGGUGAUUUUAGUGGCGCGUGUUUUGGUGGCCUCACGAAUUUUAGUUGUGUUCAGUGCGGCUAGAUACGAGAUUUAAUUGUAUCAGUGAUUUGUUUGUGGAGUUAUUAAGGAAUUCUGAUGAAAUAGUUUGAUGAAAUACUUAAGGUGAUUGUGAUGUAAGAGAUGCGUCGUGGUGAUAUCGCGGUGAUCGCGAUAGCCCUUACUGUUCUUGGGCUAAUCCAGGGCCCUUAUCAAUCGAGGGUAGUCGGAGCGGUUGUUGUUGGGGCUGCGGUGUGCGGUCGCAUCCCAGGAUUGGGGAAGAGUCAGCGUGAACAGUGCAGAAAGGCGCCUCACGCGAUGCCAGCAGUCGGCGAAGGCGCUGAAUUGGGUCUUCGUGAGUGCCGACACCAAUUCAGGCAUCACCGAUGGAAUUGUUCGCACGUUGCCAAUGAUCGUGUUUUUGGACACGUUGUGGUUGUAGGUAGCAGGGAGGCAGCUUUUACAUACGCCAUAAGCUCAGCGGGGGUAACAUACGCAAUAACCGCAGCUUGUAGUCGAGGAAAUAUCACAGCGUGCGGUUGCGAACCUGCCGUAAGAACGAGAAAAUCACUACCACCGAAUGGGUGGGAAUGGGGAGGAUGCAGUGCAGAUGUAACAUACGGAAUGAAGUUUCUCGAUGCCCGGGAAGUGGAGGGCGACGCUAGAAGUCUCAUGAAUCUCCACAACAACAAAGCCGGAAGAAAGAUUGUAAAGUCAUUGCUGCAAACAGAAUGCAAGUGCCAUGGGGUAUCUGGCUCAUGUACUGUGAGGACAUGCUGGAGAACAUUACCCAGCUUUCGCCAAAUUGGUGAUGCACUGAUGAAAAAGUAUUAUCGCGCGAGACCUGUGAUCGCCGUGACACCACCAGCACCUCCAACGAUUCAGGAAUCUGAUUAUGUGGACCAAUCAGCUAUCAGAGUGGUGCGAAUCCUGGGGAACGAUGCCAAGACUCAGGGAAACUCAGAGGAUAGCUCUAGUAGUCAAACUGAGAGGGGAGGAGUGAAGAAAUCGGGGAAACCCCGGAGGCCACACUUGAUCCUCAAACGAUUCAAGGUCAAUGGGGGUCCGAGUAUGAGUCAAAAGAGGAUACCUAAGCGAAGUGAACUUGUAUUUCUUCAGCAAUCACCGAAUUAUUGCGAAACUGAUCUGGCUCAGGGGAGUCUUGGAACCGUGGGAAGAGCAUGUAAUCGCACGAGUAAAGGAACGGAUGGAUGUGACCUGAUGUGCUGUGGUCGUGGCUAUAAUACUCACCAGUACACCCGCAAUUGGCAAUGUCGAUGUAAAUUUCACUGGUGUUGUCGUGUCCACUGCGACACGUGUACAGAACGUACAGAAGAAUACACGUGCAAAUAAAUGGAAGCAGCAGGAAGGAUAACCAAUGGGGAAAAAAUGAUUAUUGAAAUCGAACGAAACGAAAGACUCACAGUUAUCUAUAUAUUUUCUACGAUCCCCACUGAAUCACGUUGUUUCAUCAUUUAUCAUUAACCCGAAUAUGUACUUAAAAAAUGUUGAUCGAAAGAAGACUUGAUAGUGAUUUUCAUUCAGCAUUUGCGUGGGCUCGCGAUUUCCUAAUAAUAGAAAUGAUUUUAAAAAUGCCAGUUUAUGCGCAAACGAUGGAUAGAAGGUAUUGAAACAUGACAUUGUGGGCUGUACAUUGCGAUGAUUUUCAGAAAAAUCAUUUACUCAGUCGAUUAUGUACCUAUUAAUGAAUUAUUAAUAUCGUAAGAGCUAUUUUUUAAUGAAUCACUAAGUGCCCUCCUCGGAACUUUUAUAUACAAAUAUAAAUUAUUAUUUAUUCAAUUCGAUAAAUUAUCACUUGUACUUUUAAAAUAAAUGGGUUUUCCUCCGCCAUUAAUAAACAGAAUUGUAAAAAAAAACAGUCAA